CCCUAACCUGAAUGUCAAAGACAAUUUUUAAUUCACAAAAAAAAAAAUAUUUGCUAACAUCCUUGUUAGAACCAGAAUCAGCUGAUGUAAAAUCUGAUUUAAUAAAUUUACUUUAGAUUCUCAAUAAACCUAGAAGUCAUUCACAUAACAUAUUUAAUAGUAAUGAAUAUUAAUUAAUUAUAGAAUUAACUCCAAAUUAAGAACUUCCAUAGGGUAUGUAAUGAAUAACUUUUACUAGGACCUAUAUUUGAUAAGCAUGGAAUUAUUGAGAGAUCAAUAGUUGGGAAACCAGAUCUAUUUUAUAAAGUAAAAGAAUAACAGAAGGUAGGUAUUAAAUUUGUUAAUCAAACAAACAUAAAUAAUACUGCUAUGAAAUUUGUAAGAAGAAUCAGUUCACGAAAAUCAACUAAUUUAUCAAAUAAAUAAUAGUAGUAAUAACAAUAACAAUAACAAUCUGAACAUACAUAAAGGAUUGAAUAAACAAAACGAAACAAAGAUUUUGAUAUCGUUUCGAAAUAAGAUUUAAUUAAAAUCUGCCGUUUAAUAGAAGUAAAUGAGUACUUAUUAUUAGAGUAGGAUCUAUUAAAACAAGGAAUCAGAUGAUCAAUUAAAUACUAAAUAAUCAUAAUUCAGAGUUUAAGAGUUAAAAUUAAAUUAGCAAAAUAAAGUAUUAAAUAAAUACGAAUGUUAACUUAAACUUUGGAAUGAUGAGAUAUCUAAAUCUGUCAAUACAACUAAUCGAAAUUCUAAUGAAUCUAUUAUCAAUAGUUGUUCAUGUAUAAAUUAUAUAUAAUUAUUAUAGAAUUCAGGAGAAAGAUUGAAUAAAUUUAAUUAUAAGAAGCAUUAAAGCAAACUUAAGGAGAAAAAACAAUUAAUUAAUGGUAUAUGUCAUUAAGACAGAAUGUAAAUAAAGAAGAAACAGUUUAAGAAAACGAUCAGCAUUAACCGGUUUUUUAAGAUGUAAAUAACAAAAAUACUUUAUAUGUUGAUCCUAAAUAUAAAUAACUUGAAAUAAUUAGGUAACCCAGCUUUUAUAUGAGUUAAUAAAAUUCAAUAAAUAGAGAUUAAAGAGUUAAGUUCAAUUGUACUAAUUUAUCAUUUUAUUAAUAAUAAUUACCAUAUUUUUAAUUAAGUGGAGUUAAUGAGGAGAAUAUAGAAGAAUUGAUAAUUGAAGGUUUGAAUAAGUAUAAGAUGGAAAAAGAAUAUAUGUUAGAUUAGGCAGAGAAUUAGAAAUUUAGAUUAUAUAAAUAAGUGGAGGAAUAAUUUGUUGAUGAAAUGAUUGAUGAAUGA